AUGUCUGACAGCGAACCUACUACCCCAAAGAAAGGCCCACCCCCGCCCGAAUCCACCGACACAGACGCCCCAGACUCAGACGCAAAACCCCGCUCCCGCUCUCGCUCCGCCGCGCGCCGCCAACGCCGGCAAAAGGCCCAAAAGUCUGCCAAAGCCUCGCAGAAAGAAAAGCAAGCGGAGAUGCCACCCCCAGAAGAGGACCCGGAGGCGGAAGAAGCAGAAGCAACAGCGGGCGCAAUGCAGCCCUUCGAGCACAUCGGGCCCGACAGCACAUCCAUGGACGGACCAGUCACGUACUCGCGGGCGCAGAGGGGCGAGAUCCCCAUGAGGGAAGGCAAUCCGAACACGGCGCUGAAGACGGGGAAUCCAGCGGGCGCGGGCGCGGGGGAUAUGCAGCCCGCGAGUCAGGUGGGGCAGAUGGCGCAGCAGGGGAACGCGGGGGAGAGCGACUUGAUGAAGCAGGAAGGCUUGAAGUUGAGGCUGGAGCUGAAUUUGGAUAUCGAGCUGGAAUUGAAGGCGAAGAUUUAUGGAGAUUUGACUCUGGCGCUUUUGUGA